AUAUCCCGCUGGAUUUCCUUUGCUAAAAAAGAAUCUGGCCACGCAGAAGAAGGUGGAGGUUUCAGGCAGAGCCUUUCAGUGUGUGUUUACAGGCAGGACUCACUUACUCAGCAAAUCUGCUCCGAGAAGCUUCAGCCAAUGAAGAGGCUAUAUCCCGGCUUGCUCGGGGGCUUCUGAGUUUGAGCUGCAUGCAGAAAUGUAAGGCAGUGCUUCCUGGCGCUGAUGGCAAAAUGGGACCCAGCUCCAGUCAUUCCUCAGGCUUCCCAGCGCUGCAGAUCUGGGCGAGAACCUACAUGAGCAUAUUGGUGAUGUAGCCAGCUUGGAAGGCCGAGAGAAUCCUUAUGGAUUCAGGAGACUGGCUUUUUAUUUAGCAUUUUAUUUUUUAUUUGGAAGAUGAAAUGCUUCUCUCGUUACCUGCCUUACAUCUUCAGACCUCCGAACACGAUCCUCUCUUCCAGCUGCCACACGGAAGGCUCGGACCAUGGUGCAGUCCCACUGGCUCCCCUGCCCCCCUCUCCUGUGAGACUGGCUGCGGGGAGGGAUCAUGGAUACUUGUCUGCCGGCUUCUGGUUCCCACGCAAGUAAGCCUGCUGUCAAUGGAGGAGGACAUUGAUACCCGCAAAAUCAACAACAGUUUCCUGCGCGACCACAGCUAUGCGACCGAAGCUGACAUUAUCUCUACGGUAGAAUUCAACCACACAGGAGAAUUACUAGCGACAGGGGACAAGGGGGGUCGGGUUGUAAUAUUUCAACGAGAGCAGGAGAGUAAAAAUCAAGUUCAUCGUAGGGGUGAAUACAAUGUUUACAGCACAUUCCAGAGCCAUGAACCCGAAUUCGAUUACCUGAAGAGUUUAGAAAUAGAAGAAAAAAUCAAUAAAAUAAGAUGGCUCCCUCAGCAGAAUGCAGCUUACUUUCUUCUGUCUACUAAUGAUAAAACUGUGAAGCUAUGGAAAGUCAGUGAACGCGAUAAGAGACCAGAAGGCUACAAUCUAAAAGAUGAGGAGGGCCGGCUCCGGGACCCUGCCACCAUCACAACCCUGCGGGUGCCCGUCCUGAGACCCAUGGACCUGAUGGUGGAGGCCACCCCCCGAAGAGUAUUUGCCAACGCACACACGUAUCACAUCAACUCCAUAUCAGUCAACAGCGACUACGAAACCUACAUGUCUGCUGAUGACCUGAGGAUUAACCUAUGGAACUUUGAAAUAACCAAUCAAAGUUUUAAUAUCGUGGACAUCAAGCCGGCCAACAUGGAGGAGCUCACCGAGGUGAUCACAGCCGCAGAGUUCCACCCCCAUCACUGCAAUACCUUCGUGUACAGCAGCAGCAAAGGGACAAUCCGGCUGUGUGACAUGCGGGCGUCAGCCCUGUGUGACAGGCACACCAAGUUUUUUGAAGAGCCGGAAGAUCCAAGUAACAGAUCAUUUUUCUCCGAAAUUAUCUCUUCAAUUUCGGAUGUGAAGUUCAGCCACAGUGGGAGGUAUAUCAUGACCAGGGACUAUCUGACCGUGAAAGUCUGGGAUCUCAACAUGGAAAACCGCCCCAUCGAGACUUACCAGGUCCACGACUACCUCCGCAGCAAGUUGUGCUCCCUCUAUGAAAAUGACUGCAUUUUUGACAAAUUUGAGUGUGUAUGGAAUGGGUCCGACAGUGUCAUCAUGACUGGGUCCUACAACAACUUCUUCAGGAUGUUCGACCGAAACACCAAGCGUGAUGUGACCCUUGAGGCCUCGAGGGAAAACAGCAAACCCCGGGCUAUCCUCAAACCCCGAAAAGUGUGCGUGGGGGGCAAGCGGAGAAAAGACGAGAUCAGUGUUGACAGCCUGGACUUUAGCAAAAAGAUCUUGCAUACAGCUUGGCAUCCUUCAGAAAAUAUUAUAGCAGUGGCGGCUACAAAUAACCUAUAUAUAUUCCAGGACAAGGUUAACUAGGAGGACAAGUUAUUACUUAAUCUCACAUACUGAAUAUUAGUCAAACGAGUUUUUAAAUGUUUCUUUGGGUCUUUAUUUGAUGCACUGACUUUAAUCUCCCUAUGCAUAAAACAAUUGGAAGAGGAUUAAAAAGGAGUCCAAUUUCCCAGCUCCCCAGUUCUAAGAACCUUUUGUCAAACCCAUAGGCUUGGGCCACUUUGUUUAGAAUUGAGAGCUGCCAGCUGACAGUCAUUCUCCCAUAGUUGACUUGAAUUUCUGAUGCUUUCUUGCCCAGUUUUCUCUGGUGGGUCCAGUGUUUUGUUUCUAGGUGUCUGCUGCGGUAAAAUGAGGUUGUCUGUAGUAUUUAAGGAGAACGAUAAGUUUUUUUUUUAAAUUAAGCAAUUCCAUUUGAUUGAAAAAAAUCAACAAAAAAAUAAACACCGUUUACUC